CGGACGCCGCCAUGUUGGCUCCAUGACGAGAAGCUGUCCUCAGCGGACGCCGCCAUGUUGGCUCCGUGACGGGAAAGGUGUCAGCAGUGACUGCCAGAGCGACUUCCGGUGAAACUAAACGCAGUUUUCGCAGGGAAGAAGUGGAUCAUAUGAAAGAUGUUUCUGGUGGGGCUGACGGGCGGAAUAGCUUCGGGGAAGAGCACGGUGUCCUCGACACUGCGUGACCUUGGCUGUCCCAUCAUCGACGCCGACGUGGUGGCCCGACAAGUGGUGCAGCCCAACAGCCCGGCCUACCGCAGGAUCGUGCUGCAUUUCGGCCCGGAGAUCUUGCUCCCCGACGGCGAGAUCGACCGGCAGAAGCUGGCCCAGAUCGUCUUCUCUAGUGUGGAGAAGCGACGCAUCCUCAACUCCAUCACACACCCAGAGAUCCACAAGGCCAUGCUGAAGCGCAUUUUGUUCUACUUCUUCAGAGGGUACCGCUAUAUCGUCCUGGACGUGCCACUGCUGUUUGAGACUCGCCGUCUCGCACGCUUCCUUAACCACACGGUCGUGGUGUACUGCGACCCUGCCACUCAGCUGUCACGCCUCAUGCAUAGGGACAGCCUGAGCCAGGAGGAGGCGCAGCAGCGCAUCGCCGCCCAGAUGCCCCUGAAUGAGAAGCGCGGACUGGCUAACCACGUCAUCGAGAACUCAGGCAGUCGUGAGGACACCCAUAGGCAGGUCCUCAAAUUGCACACCAAACUAGAGGACUCUAUGGAAUUCCUAGUGGUGAGAGGCCUGGUUAUUGCUGUUGCUGUUGGGCUGGGCGGCUUACUUCUGUAUACCAUGAAGCUACUGAUAUCAUAGCAUGAAAUCAUUGUUUCUUCACAUUGCAGUACAGUGGAGUAUACUUAAUUGUGCAAAAUGCACUGAAAUGCACCUUUUAAUAUAGUUUGUAAUAAAUGUAAUGGUUAGAUUUUCUAUUUUUGAUGGACUAUUUUUAAUCAUUAUUUUAACACUAUAUGGGAUGAUAACUUGUCAGAUGCUAAUAACUGACAAAUUGUCAAAACUUACUGUUUAUUGUUUCAUUUCUCAAGUUAUUUAAUGAUUUGGGCUGUGCUUCACAAAUGUAAAUAUAUUAUGUGAGUUGUUUGGUAUCUUACAUAAGCUACUGAAUUUACGAGGAUGUAUAUGUGCAUACAAUAUUUCUUUCGUUGCCAGUGAAACACUACAACAGCACACUGAAAGUCUAUCUCACCAAUUUUGUGUUUGGGAGUAAAACAAAUAUUCACCACUAGAUGGGAGUAUCACAAACCUUUAUUUCUUUGCAUGGCUUCAUGUGGUUGGAAAACUGCAGUUGGCUAGAAUAGAAGAGAAUAAGUUGUUUAAUAAAAUAAUAUCCUAUUUGGACAUGUGUUGACUGCUCCAUAAACACAAUAAUUAUAUAAAAUUUCAGUUAGAAAAUGGUAGAGAAUUACUAUCUUCAGUUUCUUUCAAUGACCGGGAGACCUUCUAGGUUAUGAUUUUUUUUUGCCAGUGUUGGAAUAAAUAUUUAAUACUUUAAAACCUCACAUCUUGAUAUUGCUAAUGUUAGAAGGUACAUUAAAGGAGACACAUUUUAUUUUCAUUUACUGAUUUGAUUUCUGUUCUCACAAAAAUCUGCCGUGUGUUAACGAAACUAAUAUAUUUCUUUUUCGAUGUAGUGCAGUCUAGUUGUAAUUGGCUACUUGGACAAUGUCCUAAAUCUGGGGGCUGAACAUUAUCAGGAUUACUGGUUUAAUCUAAAAGGUCCCUCUGAAGGGAAACGUAGAUAGAUAGAUUUUAUAUCACAAAAUGUUUUAAUUUCUAUUGCAAUUUACAGAUAAAAACACAGGAUGCAAAAUUACAUUCACAGACAAUAGUAUAAUAUCCAGCAUCAAAUAGAAUUUGCUUUUCAGGUGUCUUUUUUCUGCCUGUCUAGUGUACCAUCUAUUAUACAAGCUCAUAGUUUCUUUGCACAAUUUCACUUUUUGAACUCUACUGAUGCAGUUUGCUGUGGACCUACAAAACCAAAAUGCACAUCAAAGGAAAUCAGAAGUGAGACUACGCUUUGACAUUCAGUCUUCAGCUUUGUUCCUUUGUACAUUACUGUUGUUUACUGCCUUGCUUAAAUAACGGUGUAGGGAUUAAAGUCACAUGAUCCUUCAGUUUCAUUAAGCACAAGCGUUUGGCUAUGAAUAUGUAAAAGAGCACCUGCACACAUUUGCUCUAGCAGUGCCGCUUGAUUGUUGAUGCGAUGCUUUGAUACAAAUUCACUGAUAAAGAUCAGCAUGAGUUUGUGCUUAUUGCUUUAUAUUAAAGCUGCUCCCCACUUAUCAAUCA